CUGAGGCUGUGUCCCUGAGCGUUGCCAGUUUGCACACCCACGAGCAGCAAAGAGCACGGCAGAGGGCAUGGAUCACGGCCGUGGGUCCCCGCCGCCAUGGCAAUACAGUCGUCCUGAGCCUCCUUCUUCCCAGGCCUAUGGUGGGCCCAUGCAGGCCAGUGGUGGACCCAUGCAGACCGCGACUGUGAUGGACCGCGCAAUCGUGCGGGCCGGCCCCACCUGGCAGGAUUCAGACUCGACUGACCCUAAGGCGCAAUGGACUCACGGCCCCAACAGGCUAAGUUUACCAAGCAGGUCAGCACCAAGCUCAGCACAACAGGCACGGUGGGGCGAAGAAAGGACUUCGAUGAGGUCUCGAAAUGGCUGGCGCAGCUUCUACGAGAUCCGCGGAAAGCCAGGAAGUACAAUUUGGAGCUGGACCACGAUGGAUGGGCGAAGUUCCAGGACGUGGAAAGGUGCCUUCGUGGUCACCGCAGCGAGCUUCGCCGCCGGUUGGUGCCAUUGUUGAGGAGAGUCAUUCAGCAGAGCAAGUACGACGACGGCCCCCAGGCUGGACAGGAGCGCUUCGAGCUGGGUUGGUGGCAAAGGGAAGAGUAUGUGCGAUCCAAACGAAAGCGCCGCAAUGAGAGGCCGCCUGAGAAUGUGCAGCAGCUGGAACGAGCUGGCGGUGCUGUUUUCCCCCCUGCUAGGCAGCCAGUUGAGAACCUCGCACUGCUGCCGAAACGGGCGCCAACGGCCGACAUGCCAAGAGCUGCCGAAAGGCCGGAGAAAGUUGCAUGGCCGGAACGAGAACCGCCUGCAAUCUGUGACAUUUCGCAAGCCACAGACGAACACCUCACGCAGCGGCCCGAACGAGCUCCACCAGCCAUUGCCAACAUCCCGCAGCAAAAAGUGGAGAGGAGGGCUCGAUCAUUCUAUUUGCCGAGCCACGUCUUUAAGCUGAUUUGGGAUUUUGUGGAGAGUUACCGAGAGCUGCGAUGCUUGAUGUCCUGUUCCAAGGAGUGGGAGAAGGGCAUUUGGCCACUGCUCAAGUGUCCAGCCGGCCCAACUGAUCGGCAAAAAUGUGGCUUGAAAGAGAUAUCGCUGCGAUGUGGGCAUAAAAUUUGCGGAGGCUGUGAUUACAAUUCCCUGAAGUCUAUGGACAACCCGCGCACCUCAGAGCCCUCACAGAGAGACACUGCGAGCCUCUACUCCAUCUCGGAGGAGGUGCAGAUCCCAGAUCGAUGCAUUUGCAGGCCAAACGAGAGCUUUGCCAAAUUGUUUUCCGUGCAGCAGCCAGAGGAGGAACAUCAUCCACUGGACGUCACGGAGAGCUACUGGGCCCAACAUUAUUUUCCUGAUGCUCGCGCCACGACGGUGGUGAGACACUGGGUGCUGAUACGCGAGGGCAAGCAGAAGGUGGCAAAAGUGUUCUUUUCCACUGGAGCCAUCCAAUUUCUAACGCUCGACCUCAGACAGUAUGAGGAACACAGUUACUUCCACUUGACCUCGAAAUCCUGCGACACCGAAUUCGCUGCCGUUCAAAACGUGCUGGCGCAGACUGCAGCAAGGCCAAAAAAUAGAUGGAAUCGAAUAAAUCAUAAUUUCAAUUAAUGAAAUAGAAUGUCAAG